GGGCUGGAGGGGGCUUGCCCAGCCAGCCACGGCAGGGGAUGCGGGGGGGAUAUGCUAAUGCCGGCUGGCCGCCGCGGACCAGCCCCCCGGAACGUGGAGAUAUAAGGGCCCCCCGCAUCGGGGAAAGGACACUUCGGCUCAGGUCGCUAAUUAGGCAGGAAACCUCCCCGGCCAGCUCGCUUGCCCGAGCUCGGUGGCUGCCGCCCCGCACCGCCGCCCGGGCUGCAGGGAUGGAGGUGAUGGACAGCUGCCAGUUCUCCCCGUCCGAGCUCUUCUACGACAGCUCCUGCCUCUCCUCCCCGGAGGGCGAGUUUCCCGAGGAUUUCGAGCCCAGGGACCUGCCUCCCUUCGGCGCCCACCAGCCCGCCGAGCCCGCCUGCUCCGAGGAAGAGGAGCACGUCCGAGCCCCCAGCGGCCACCACCAGGCCGGCCACUGCCUGAUGUGGGCUUGCAAAGCCUGCAAGAGAAAGUCCACCACGAUGGACCGGCGGAAGGCGGCCACCAUGAGGGAGAGGAGGAGGCUGAAGAAAGUGAACCAGGCGUUUGAGACUCUGAAGAGGUGCACCACUGCCAACCCCAACCAAAGACUCCCCAAAGUAGAGAUCCUGAGGAACGCCAUCAGAUACAUCGAGAGCCUCCAGGAGCUCUUGAGGGAGCAGGUAGAAAACUACUAUCACCUGCCGGGACAGAGCUGCUCCGAGCCCACCAGCCCCAUCUCCAGCUGCUCCGACGGCAUGGCUGACUGCGGCAGCCCGGUGUGGCCGGCGAGAGGCAGCAGCUUCGAGGCCGGUUACUGCUCCGAGAUGCCCCACGGGUACGGCGCGGAGCCGAGCAGCGCCCUGUCCAGCCUGGACUGCCUCUCCAGCAUCGUGGACCGCCUCUCCCCGGGGGGGGAGCCCCUCCGACACCCCGGCUCCCUCUCGCCGGGAGCCAGUAUCGACUCGGGGCCCGGGACGCCCGGGACGCCGCCGCCCCGACGGACCUACCAGGCGCUAUGAGGGACGCCAGCGUUACCCUGCAAACCCCGCUGCAAAUAAAGCGUGCUACAACACGG